AUGUUCUACAACCCGUCCGUUGCGCCCCCGCAACUUCAGCGCGUUAUACCAGGAGGCUGGUGUCCUGCGUACGGUCAGGCUCAGUUCCCGAAGCCGGUCUACCAUCAGCCGGACUACGCACCGCCCAAACUCAUGGACAAGACUACGCACGUACCACGCAGCGCGUUGCCUCAAUCUCAGCUUCGUCGCUACAGCGCCAAUGCUCCAGAAAACAAGAAGCCGCAGACAGCUACAGUCAGUGGGAAUCAGCAGAGAUCUCAGCCGCCGCGGAGGGACAGCAAGGUGGGUAUAGUCAUCAUUAGGCGAACCUCCUUUUUAAAUUAUGCAAAUCUUUGUUUGAACUACGCUAAAACCUAGUUUAUGAGUAUCUACGGCUAUCAAUUUGUGUCAAUUUGUGAACCUAUAAUAUUUGUAGGGCAAUCUUCGCAAACAAUAUUCAAAUUCUCGCUCAAACAACGGCUCUCGCUCCACUUCGUACAAUAUGCAAUCGAACAACACUUUCAACAAAAGGCUGGCCAACAUGUCGCAGCUGCCAGCACAAUCAGCACCAUCUACCUUCAACUUCCAUCCUGGAAUGAAAGGUAGGUUUUGGGUCUUACUUUGUAUUAGUUAUGAUAUCUAUAUUAGUUUUACUUGUUCUGACAUACACACUUUAUGGCAGCUUUAAGUGGUCGUACAAUGUUUUAUCACUCCUCUCGGCUGCACUUUUAACCAGUCUAAUCAGUCCGUCUGUUUAUUGCAACUGUUUUUUUGUGAGGUCUGGCUUUACGAGGGUCGGUCGUUUAAAGGGCGACUUAAUGUAUUCCCUUUAAAGCUUGCUGCCAACCGUCUUCAAGAACAAAAAAACGUCGUCAGAAGCGAACGUUGUCGCAGUUAAAAAGACGCGAGGGUGGCGCAAGACGGGGGAGGAUAAGGCGAUCUACUGCAGGGUAAAGUUUGUGUGGUCUGCGUUCGAAUUGGGGCUUCUGAAGUCGGAUUCAGGAUAUAAAUCUUGGGAGUGCAAAAGUACUGUUAAAAUCUUGAAAUACGCGAAAUUGCUUAAUUUUUAAAAAAUUGGCUUACAAAACUUACUGGUAGAUCUUUCCUGUCUUUGAAAAGCAACAAAAGGCCCCUAUUACUACCUAGAGCGAUGUAAUUUCUUAAAUUUACAAAAAUUUAGUUUAAAAACGCUCUCUGCAGAAGGGAAUGCUUGUACUUUUAAGAGGCCAAAGAUCGUUUUCGUUGUGUUGUGUGUUAUGUCGGCGAUCCCAGACAUCGACACGUACUCACCUCAAAUGUCUUUCUCUGCAAUAUGAUUAAUUACUCGGGAAAGUCGGGCGCAGUCAAAAAAGUCCGGUCCUUAGACGAGCAACCAAAUUCGUCUUUGUCGCUGAUGAUCUAUUAGUAAUGUUGCAUCUUUUUGGCCCCGUCUGGCUGCGAUUUCGAUCAGCAAAAAGGGCGGGGGAAUCUAAGGGUACAUUACAGGCUUGGCGGGGGAAUAAGAGUACAUGACAAGCGGGGGGAGGGUGCAUCAUAGGCUUAUCUAAGGUUACGGUUAGGUUGUAAGGUGAUGAAGAGGUUGGAAACUUAGGUAAAGUAAAUAUAAAAUCACAAACUAUAUAGCUGAAUAAUCAAUAGCUCCUCACAUUAACGUACAUAAACAACCAAAGAUACGCAACAAAGUCACAUUGUACGGUUAUAACUUAAGUACGACCAUCCAGUUCACUGACGAAGAUAAAUGACCAUCAUAAACCGAUCAACGAGUUCACUCAAAAUAUAUUUGUAACAAGUACGAUCAACACUAAUCAAGAUACAUUGCUCUACAUCCAUCAGGCCCUAACCAAGACAUACGACUGUAGUACCAGACACAAAGAAACAUCAAUCUCGACCGGCAUUAUGAGUCUCGUAAUGUCAAUCCAACUCAUUCUUCACGCCUUCAAACAAAGUGCAACAUGUGCUAUAUUAAGAUACAUUUGUCAGACUGAUAAUCUUUGGCUUCCUGGAUGCCAAUUGUUUAAAAGUGACAUACGACUAAUGAGACGACAUUUCUUGACCAUUUUCGAAAAAUGCCUCGAGUGAUGUAAUGAUAGGAUGACGUUUAGGGCUGUGUUUGAUAGUAUUAUUAUUAAAAGUGCAAGAACAUAUUAUUCUUCUAUGUAAAACCUUAUCAAUUCUCUUUGUAUUUCCUUCGAAACUUCAUUUUAAUGUCUUCUGAACACUCCACUGUCUCCCAACAUUGUAUGCUGACCAUUACGCACCGAAUGACAUUAUAAACCCCACUAAUUCCACAUUACGAUGAAUAAUAUUCCAUAUGAUGGGAAAAUGACAUUACCUCUUUCAGACAUUCCAAUAUGGCUGAAGGGACUGCGACUUCACAAAUACACCAAGUUGUUCGAGGAAAUGACUUAUGAGCAGAUGAUGGCAUUAAACGAGGACGCCUUGGAGAAGCGACAGGUCACCAAGGGGGCCAGGAGGAAGAUCCUCCAGAGCCUCGACAAGCUCAAGGACCGCUCCCAGCUGAUUCGACAGUUGGAGAAGGUGAGACAUAGUUGUAAGAAGACGUAGCAUAAAGAAAAACACAUUAUUUUUAAAAAGUUACAGUAAUAGAAACAAAGUAAUUACAAAAUAAUGUUAGUACAAUCAGUCACAUUUUAGUGCAUCGACGAAAACGGAGAUGUUCGUUGUUUGAUUGUGGAGCUCAGUAGCAUGUUGAACACCCCAAUCGCCGCCUAUGAACCAACCUAUAUACCACGACCUUCCAACUACAUGAUCGACGCUAUCGGGAUACCUGGAGAGCAGAUUCCUGAUGAGGUAAGUAAAUACAUUAUGUUACUGCUAAAAUAGUACUUAUUUAGCGCUAGUACUAUUUACACUAUUUCAUUUUUUACAUUACAUGAGACUUAUCAUAUUUUUUAUAGUUUUUUAAAAAUUUUUUAUCAUUAUGUGGUCAAGGUUUACAUGGUUGUCAAUGUAAAGACAUUGUCACGCUGUAAACCGAAUCGCGGAUCUUGCGAUGGUUAACUUUGCCCAGACAGAUGAGUUUAGUGUUGUUCGCAUAGCUAUUAGUGCAUCGUUUAAACUAUAGCGACAUGAACAAACAAUAAUAAGCGUCAAUGGCCAGUUCAAAAGGUCGUAACUUCAUUUAGGAUAUCGUAGAUAAAGUGCAAAACUAGAUACCGUACAAACAUAUGAAAAGUAUAUUAUUUAUUCAAAAAUACCAAACCUUAACUUGCUUUGAAACAUAUUACAAUAAAAUAUUUUCAGAAUCUUCCUGGACACAUAGCCAGACUGACCAUCAGACUACACGAAUAUCUGUUCAGAAACGGCCAACCUCAACUCAAGAAUCUGGACUUCGAAGAAGAAUACUUCUCCAAACUCUUCCAAACCUACGACAGAAUCUUGAACAAUGAGGUAAGAAAUUACCACAGUAAAAUGUGAAAAUUAACAGGAAAUACUAAUACAAUAAGUACUAUCCAACACAAAGUAACCACUCACUUAAAUAUAAUCUUUUCAGGCAUUUACCAUGCGUCAGAAGUGCUGUAUCAACGAAUGCAAACGAGUACUACUGAGGUACACACACGAGAAGAAGGCCUUUUCCUCCAGAUUCACCACUCCAAGCAGACGCAACUCUGACCCGCGACAAGACGUCCAUUCAGAUGACAGUGGACUAGCCUGUACUCCACCUUCCCAACUUCUGAACAGUCCUUCGAGAAGCCCAGAAGUGGAUCGUCAUCUCUGUAGAUCAGCUCCAACCUCACCGUUGCCUCAGAACUCCCCGUCUCCAGAUGCGUACGUUAAGAACAACAACGUCGCUCAUGCUGGAUACGGUACCCAAAACUUGUGGUACAACACUGACUCAUCGUGCUCAUCGUCCACAUCGUACAACUCCAAUGUAGCACCUCAAACCACUGCGACACAAAGAAGUACUUUCGUCCAGAAGCCUUGCGAAAUGAAUGAGAAGGACAAGACAACGUUGCUGAGGUUGCUCGACAACAAUCCUGGACUGUACAACUACCUUCUGAACCAGCUUCCAAGGUACCAUCAGCCUGUUAACACACAACAGCCCAAGCAGAAGUACCCGGCUAGAGUAAUGUCGUACAUGUACAACGACUAUGUCGCUCCUGAACCUGCCGCUCCAGGGCCGUUGACGGCGGCCGAGAAGCUUCGCUUCAUUGCGUCUUCUGCUGAUUCACCAGAUGCCUUGAAUCGUGCCUUGAACGCUGCAAUGGGCCAGCUGAACCGCGACAGUCAAGUCGACUACAGUAAGAAGCCUGAGGUCAGACGCGAACAGCCUAAGCCCACUUGGCCUCAACCGACCCAACACGUCCAGGAAUGCCAUCUGCCGUACCUAGAGAAGCCCUCCGAGGACUCGUUGGCGUCGGCCUUGAAGGCGUUGAGUAUGAGGUCCAACGAACAGAAGCCGGCUCCGUCGUUGUACGACCCCUGGAAGUCUGGCUUCGACUUCCUCUCACCUCCAGAAACAUCUCUGCGGGCCAGCGAUGUUAACCCCCAGCCAAUGGACAACCCAUUGCAUCGGCUUCUGAAUGGAGCGGACUCCUUCUACACCUCCUCCUCCAACCGACCGACCACCCUCAACUCGGUGGAGGACCCUUUCUACACCCAAAGUGGUUCAACUGGUACCCUCUUCCAGGCGUUUCGCCCUCUGACAUGUAAUGGAGCUGUUCAUUAA